GACUACGUCAACAGGAGAGAGGAGACCGUCCCAGUCCUCAGAGGAGCUGAGCAGAGGCGGCGCGCUCCCAAACAUCCCCAAACAGAAGGAGACGAGCCUGUGCGUCUUCGCUUCCUGCAGGUGGACAUGUUGGAUCCGUGCGUAAUUACGCACUGAAGACGGAUUACAGCAGUUGAUUUUUAUCGACCUUUUUGGAGGAGAAGCAGAAGAUGUUGGCGAGGAAAAGCAUCAUCCCGGAGGAGUUCGGGCUGCCGGGGCUCGCCUCCCGCAUGCCCCGCAAGCCGGUGUUCAGGGACCGAGUGAACAAGGCGCGCUUCAUCGCCAAAAACGGCUCGUGCAACCUGGCGCACAAGAACAUCCGCGAGCAGGGCCGCUUCCUGCAGGACGUGUUCACCACGCUGGUCGACCUGAAAUGGCGCUUCACGCUGGUCAUCUUCACCACCACGUUUGUCAGCAGCUGGCUGCUGUUCGCCAUGAGCUGGUGGCUGGUGGCGUUUGCGCACGGAGACCUGGACCCGGAGCGGCAGAACGGGACCCACUGCGUCACCGACGUCAAGUCGUUCACGUCGGCCUUCCUGUUCUCCAUCGAGGUUCAGGUGACCAUCGGCUUCGGAGGGCGGAUGAUAACGGAGCAGUGUCCGACGGCCAUCACCCUCCUCAUCAUGCAGAACAUCGUGGGACUCAUCGUCAACGCCGUCAUGCUGGGUUGUAUCUUCAUGAAGACGGCUCAGUCGAACCGUCGAGCGGAGACGCUGAUCUUCAGCCGUCACGCCGUGAUCGCCGUCAGAAACAACCGACUGUGUUUUAUGAUUCGCAUCGGAGAUCUGAGGAAGAGUAUGAUCAUAGGAGCCACCGUCAGGUUGCAGGUGGUGAGGAAGACGACCACACCGGAGGGCGAGGUGAUCCCCAUCCAUCAGAUCGACGUCCAGACGGAGAGCGCCGUGGCGAGCAACAGCCUGUUCCUGCUCGCCCCGCUCAUCAUCUGCCACAUCAUCGACAAGAACAGCCCGCUGUACGACCUGUCGGCGAUGGAGCUGCAGUGCAGCGACCUGGAGGUGAUCGUCAUCCUGGAGGGCGUCGUGGAGACGACGGGGAUCACCACACAGGCCCGCACCUCCUACGUCUCCGAGGAGAUCCAGUGGGGUCACCGCUUCGUUCCCAUAGUAACAGAGGAGGAGGGCGUGUACUCCGUGGAUUACUCCAAGUUCGGUAACACAGUCAAGGUGGCGACGCCGCGCUGCAGCGCCAGAGAACUGGACGAGAAGCCGUCCAUCUUAAUCCAGACUCUCCAGAAGAGCGAGCUGUCGCACCAGAACUCGCUGAGGAAGCGGAACUCCAUGCGACGCAACAACUCCAUGCGCAAAGGCGGAAGCAGCGGGAACCUGCGCAGGAACAACUCGGCGCUCGCCAUGCCCAAAGUCCAGUUCUUCACCCCGACCGAUGGAGGCCAGAGCCUGAAUGCCGUCACCUGACAUGAGGCCUGCCUCCUGCUGGCUGGCCUGCUCCUCCUGGUGGGAAGGAGGAUUGUGGGUGUUGGCGUUUCUCCUGCUCUGAUGGGACUCGUGCUUUUUCUGUUUCCUGCCUUAUCUCAGCUCGUCUCCCAACACUUUUACUGUUAAUGUUACUCCGUGUUUACACUCAUGGAGCAAUGUAGAUAAUAUUUUAAUUAGCUGUUCAAAUUGUUGACAUCAUCACUCGUUUAGAAAACAUCUGUCAGCGCUACAAGACCGUAUUCACACGGCGGCCAUCUUACGUUAAAUUGGAUUAAUGUUAUGUUGCUGUUUUCCAGGAUAUACGUGAUGACUAAACACUGAUGGAAAGUGAAAAUCCAAUGGGACAUUAAGCUGUAACACAACAUAUUCAACAACCUUCUGCUAGAAAGGUUGUAUUGGUGUGAAAUUGGUGUGUGGUUGUGGCUCAAGAAUCGUUACAAGUCCUGAAAAUGAAAGGUCUUUACAUCUUUUUGUUCCAUAGUUAUAAUCGCCCAUUUAAAUAUGUAACACUGUCAAAUUAUUCUGUUAGCUACGAAGUUGUUUAAUGCUAGCAUUAGCUGUUGUUUAGCUAACGGGUUACCAGGCAUGUUGCUUUUUCUGAAAUUUUCCCUCUGGAUUUUCACAAUCUAACGUCUUUUCAGUUCAAUCAGGAUUCACUGAAAUUAUAAAAUUUGUCAGAUUGCGUGCGAUUAUGCGACGGAACAGAAGCACGACAUUUUAGCUUCUCGUCGAGUGUGAUGUCAGAGGAAAAUGGCCGCGGCGUGAACACGGUCUCUAGAGCCACAAACCAAAAGAAAAAUAUUUCUUGAUUUUUUUUUCUUUUUUUCAGUUGUUCAGUGUUUUUCUGUUCAUUAUCAUUAAAAGCAGUAGUUACAAA